UCUUAUCGUUUUUUGUUUUUGAAAAUCCACCAUGACUUCAACUGCGAUUGUCGUCCUGCUUUGUGUGGCGACGACACUUGCCAUCGCAAAAAAUCCGGAAAGAGUUGGGUCUUUUCCCGUCAAACAUGCUGCUUUUACAAGCAUAUAUCGGACAUUUGAUAAACAGAGCAACAGGACGUCUUAUGAUUUGCUGAUAACUGCUUUCAACGGUGUUCCCUUCAGCACGGACUAUGCAUAUAUAGUAAGAGAUGUGGGACGCUACAUGCACAGCGUAGAAAGUAUCACUCCACAAAAACUCACGGACAAAGUCACCUGGCCUAAUGAGAUAUCAGGCGUGCCACAGUACGUUUUCAACACGAGCAUGGUUGCAAUCCCAGACGGAUUCCUUGUUCCAUUCAAGACAAAAGGUGGAAUAAAGCUAGUGAAUAUCACUGGAAGUGGGGCGAGUAUCCCGGUGAGGAUCACCGAGGAGUCGGGAGAGGACUGGUUCUAUCACCGAGUACAGUGGGUGGACAUGGAUAAUGAUGGCGACUACGAUGCUCUCACAUGCCGAGCUAGGAAACCUUUGUUUGGAUCUGAGGAGGGGGAGCUUCUGUGGUACGAAAAUCCAUCCACCCCUUCUGUGCGCCCUGGAUGGACACCCCAUGUAAUCGCCAAAGGUCCUGAUGUGUACUUUCAACAUUAUAGGCUCAACACUCCCAAUGGCCCCAAGAGCUGCAUCUUAACUGCUCAGUUUUUCACAAAGAGUUUAUCAGUGUAUUGGACCGAAGGCAGUGACUGGUUGCAUCUUGGAAAUGUGAAAUCCAGGAUAAUCGACAAUACUAUAGGAGCAGUGUUUGAUGUUAUAGUAAAUGACAUUGGCAAUGAUGGCAACUUGGACCUUUUGGUUACCACUAACGACGUGACGAAUGGCACAGUGUGGGCGUAUGAAAUACCCCCGGAUUUCAGGACAGGUAAAUUUGCUCGACAUAUGUUGGCGUCAGGCUUUAAACCGAGAAAUCAGGGAGUGGGAAAAGGAGCACCUGGAUCGGCGUUUCCUAUCAAAUACAUUGUUCCCCCUUACAAGCGACCAUUCAUAGUGUCUGGCGAUGACGACGGGCGUGCCUAUGUCCUCUUGUGUACCUCAUAUGACUGGAGUUAUAAUCUGACUCCUUUUCUCGAUGUGGGUCAAGGGACAGUGGGACAAAUAGCAGUUGAAGAUGUAAAUGAAGAUUACAAGUUGGAUGUAUUCGUUCCUGCAUACAACGAGGGUCUCGUACACGUGUACCAGUAUAAUCCAUGAAGAAAUAUUGCAGAUGUAAAAUGUUUGAUAUUAUGCGCCGCAUUUGUAUGAAAAGAAAUAAAACUAUUCUUGAAUACCA